CCCAGUGAGCUUGCCUCCCCGUAGCUGCCGGUGUACCGGUGACGGUACCGUGCGCGUUGGCCUUGUAACCUGUCGGUCGGAGACACUUUGGCGCGCAGGUCCGGAGGGUCUGCGGGCUACAGACGAGCGCGUGACCGGCGCCGCGUGUCACCGUCCCGGGACAUCAGGAAGUGCCCCCCUCCCUCCCCAGCAUGUGGACCUGCGAUCUCCUUGAAUGACCUACACGGCGGUCCACGGCACACGCAGCGGGCGUCGGAUCGAGGCGGCUCUACACCCCCGAGCGUGCAGCCCCCCGCGGGUGCGUGACAGUAGCCCGAGGCUGCAGCGCGACCCUGAAGCCCCGAACCAGGACAGCGACCCGAAGCACGCGUGGAAGCGGGUCAGAAUCAGCAGCUGACGCUCAGAAUCUGGAACCGGCCGGUGAGGAACCGGGACACGACCGGAUUCCUGCAGCUCGCGGGCUUUACAUGAUGUACACCAUUACCAGAGGUCCCAGCAAACUCGUUACACAACGGAGGACAGGUCCCACGCAGCAGGUCGAGAACAAAUUCAGCGACUUAAAGAUCAAGCCGACGUCCUGGCUCGCAUCCAGCUCCCAAGCCCCAAAAAUUGUCUUCAACCGCCUGAAUGGGAAACGCCACAGCAGCGUGCUCCCUAAGAAGAACCAGGGCGCCGCCGAGGGAUUCACUCCUGCACACGAAGAGAACGUCAGAUUUGUUUAUAAAGUGUGGCAGGAGGUGGAGCAGAAACUGGAAGACAGAGGGGAUUCAUCUGAUCAUCAUGGACCUGUUCAAUACACGGAGAAGACCCCCAGUGCUGUGUUGAAGAACUUUGUGCCUAUAGAUCUGGAGGAGUGGUGGGCUCAGCGCUUCCUGGCCAACAUCGCCAACCUGUCCUGACGACAGGAAGCUGCAGAGAAGACUGACAGGAAGCUGCUCUAUCACUGAAACGUCUCCACUGGAAAAAGCUCGUCUCCAGGAGCCUGUCUUGUUUGACGGCGAACGCUUUGUGGUAUUGUAGCGAGAUGUGGCUGCGUGACGGAGAACUGCCCCGAAACCUGACCGUGAACUCUGACAGCGGUGACCUCACUGUGUGAGGAAUCACAUCACCACGUUCUUCUAGUUUCCUUUCUGAAAUCUGCAUCUUGGAUGUGUGAAUAAAACACUAACAAGAGCAGAAGAAUGUUUUUUAAAAAAUAAAAACGUCUUUAUGAUGCCUAUCUUUA